AUCACACGGCGGGAUGAUAAGCCGUGUAGUUUCUGUGUGUAAUGAAGUGCGUCACCGUUAUUUACUGCGCUGGAUGCGGAAGCUGGAAAAGCUGCAUAGAAGAUACCAGGUCCCUACCACAAGACUGGUCCCGAUUAUGUGAAAGCUGGCCAGACAGGCCAGUACGCCUCAGGGCUGAGCACCGGGGAUACAGACAAAAGGUCUAUCGCCAUGGAGACCGUUCCCCGAUUGAUACUUACCCAACUGACUCCUAUAAAGAAAAAGCAUGGGGAAAUGGACUACAACAAUUGACGCAGGUGGGUAUGAGACAGCAGUAUGAGCUGGGGCAAUAUCUGAGGACGAGAUAUGGAAAUUUUCUCAGCCCAUCAUAUAGAAAAGAGGAGAUCUAUGUGCGCAGUACAGACUAUGACCGGACAUUGAUGAGCGCUCAGGCAAACCUGGCGGGACUGUAUCCUCCAAAUGGAACCCAACAAUGGCAUCCAGAUAUCCCAUGGCAACCAAUUCCAGUGCACACUGUGCCUUUAUCCAGCGACAGACUAUUAAAAUUUCCUUCCAAAGAUUGCCCCCGAUUCUUUGAACUAAUGAAGGAGACUUUUCAGCUGCCGGAGUAUCAGAAAAGGAUGAAUGAGUGGAAGGACUUUAUUACACGCAUUGCAAACUACACUGGUUAUAGUGUAGACCAAGCAGUCCCACGUCAAAUGUGGAAAGUGUACGACACGCUCUUCUGUCAGAAGUCCCACAACUUCAGUCUUCCUGCAUGGGCCACACUAGAAGUGCUGAACACUUUGGAAGAGCUCACCGCUUUCGAUACUAAAGCCCAUAUGACACUUUACAAACCCACAGAGAAGGCCCGACUCACUGGAGGAAUUCUUGUUGAUGCUGUUCUUCGGAAUUUCACAGAAACCAUAAGAAAAUCUUCCCCCCUAAAAAUGGUGAUGUACUCAGCGCAUGACAGCACCAUUCUGGCAUUGCAAGGAACACUGGGAGUCUAUAGUGGAAUCCACCCACCAUAUGCAUCAUGUCACAUAUUUGAAUUUUACAAGGAAAGUGAUGGCACUUACAGUGUUGGAAUGUACUAUCGGAAUGAAUCCAAGAAGGAACCCUAUGAAUUAGUGGUGCCUGGAUGUAGAUCUCCUUGCCCAUUGCGGCUCUUCUCUCAGCUAAUGGUACCAGUCAUCCCUCAGGACUGGUGGAAGGAAUGCCAAAUCCAGGAACCAUCGCGAAAAACAGAUGGAACCAUUUUAGCACUGUCUAUUGUAGUAGGAGUCCUUUCUCUUUUAUUGAUCGCCAGUCUGUUGUGGAUUUUGAAACCACGUCAAGAACAAUCCUAUCCAAUGUUCCAGUAAUUCCAAUACUAUAAUACAGCUACACAACAGUCCACCAUUUACAGAGCCAACACUUCUGCAAUUUUUGCCCCACUGCAUGGUUUGACGGACUCUUGCCUGCCUGUAGUGACUACACUAUAUAUCAUGCCAUAACCUGGAUAGUUUCCUACAACAAAUGGUGGUUGGUCACUUCUGGUCAUUCUAUUAUAUACACAGUUCAGGAGUCCAAUAAUGACCCCCCCCCCCC